UAGUUAGGCCUUUCUCUUUCCAUGUGCUAUAAACAACAUACGUAUAUAUAUAAAUGUCUCACAAGCAUUUACCUUCAGCCAUUCUCUUAUUUGGCUCGUUUGGAUUAUAAUAGGAGCUAGCAAGGAAAACCAUGGAGCUAAGGAAAACUCAAAUGUCCAUGCCGGUUUGGUUGGCGAUAAUGAGUCUAAUGAUGAGUCAAGUGGUCUUAGCCGAUAAAUAUUCAGGUUCAAUGUCCCCUCAUGACCGGAAACUAGCAGAAAUGCAAGCCCUUAAAGCUUCAUUGGUUCGUCGAAACCUACCGGCUCUAGUAUCUCCCCCUCCUACCCCUCCUCAGGCAGUACCUGGUCCACGCGUGUAUGAAGUGAUAUCAUAUGGUGCCGAUCCCACAGGGAAAUUGGAUAGCACGGAUGCGAUAUUAAAAGCUAUGGAAGAAGCGUUCGAUGGUCCAAGUCAUGGAGUUUUGAUAGAAGGUAUUAAUGAUCUUGGAGGAGCAAGAAUCGAUCUUCAAGGUGGUAGCUACUUAAUCAGCCGUCCUCUCCGGUUUCCCUCCGCCGGCGCCGGAAAUCUCCUCAUAAGCGGAGGUACACUAAGAGCAUCAGAUGAUUUCCCGGUGGAUAGGUACUUAUUCGAACUCAACGACGAGAAGUCAACACAACAAUACAUCUUCGAGUACAUAACUCUCAGAGAUCUUCUCAUUGACUGUAACUACCGCGGCGGAGCAAUCGCUGUAAUCAACUCUCUCCGAACAAGCAUUGACAACUGUUACAUCACUAGGUUCGGUGACACGAACGGGAUCCUUGUCAAAAGAGGACACGAGACUUACAUCCGAAACUCGUUUCUCGGUCAGCACAUAACCGCCGGUGGAGAUAAAGGAGAGAGAAACUUUUCCGGUACCGCCGUGAACCUGAUGGGUAACGAUAACGCCGUUACUGACACCGUCAUAUUCUCGGCCAGGGUCGGGGUGAUGAUAUCGGGACAAGCGAACUUGUUAUCAGGAGUGCAUUGUUAUAACAAAGCAACCGGGUUCGGAGGAACCGGGAUUUAUUUGAAAUUACCCGGUUUAACACAGAACCGGAUUGUGAAUUCGUAUUUGGAUUAUACCGGUAUCGUCGCGGAAGACCCGGUUCAGCUACAGAUCUCAGGAACGUUUUUUUUGGGAGAUGCGUAUAUUUUGCUGAAAUCGAUAACCGGAAUGGUUCGAGGGGUUAACAUCGUCGACAAUAUGUUUUCCGGUUCGGGUAAAGGGAUCCCGAUUGUUCAAUUGGAUCAGACGAAGACUGCGUUUGAUGAAGUUGAUCAAGUGGUCGUUGAUCGGAACAGUGUGAACGGAAUGGGAGCGACAUCGACGGUGGCUAGAGGAUCGGUAUACGGAAACGGGACGUCUUGGACCGUAGAUUUUAAACCGGUUUUGCUGUUCCCGGACAUGAUCAGUCACGUGCAGUACACACUCGUGGCGAGUGAAGCUGGGGCGUUUCCUAUACACGCGGUAAGGAACGUAUCUGAUAACCGAGUUGUCGUUGAGACAAACGCACCUGUUACUGCAACAGUUUAUGUAACAGUGACUCAAUGAGGUUUUUAACAUGCCGUCGUGUGUUUUUUGCCGUAAUAAUGGGUUUAAUAAGUUUAAUUAUGAAAAUUAUUUAUAAUGAAGGUAUUUAUUUUUAUUUGUAAUUUUGUUUUUCGUUUAAUAAGGAGGGAAUUUAAUUUUAUAAUUACUAUACUAAUAAAUGAUAAAAACUCGAAAACUGUGAAUACAGUGGAAGAGUUGUUGGCAGACA